UAAACUGCAAAGCGAAAGAAAGGUGAAAUGAGAGUUUUGCGGCUUUAUUUGCAUAAAUGUUCGAAUAUUUACAAAUAUUUAAAGGAUUUCGGUUAAAUGUGAAGCUAAGCAGUGCUGUACUUUGUUUGUGUUAGCAUUACAACUCAUUCGCUUCUAACCAGCUGUCCAGCGACAAUCAAUAAGUUUUGGUGGGAAAUUUGAAUUUGAUUUGCCAUGCAAACAACUUUGUAUUUGGAUAUUAGCUCAGAGCAGUGGCCUAUUGUUUAUCGCCAUGAGUAUAACGUACGCUUUAUGGGUUUGGAGAAGUUACACCCUUUUGACGCAGGAAAAUGGGGCCAUGUGUUCAAAUUUUUGAAAACUGCGUGCUUAAUUAAUGAAGAUACCAUAGCUGUGCCAAAUGAAGCAACCGAAGAAGACUUAUUGGUGGUGCAUACAAAAAAAUAUUUAAAAAGUUUGAAGUGUAGUUUCAACGUAGCUACUAUAGCAGAAGUUUUUCCACUUUGUAUCGUGCCAAAUUACCUAGUUCAAAGAAGUUAUUUGAGACCAAUGCGUUUUCAAACUGGUGGUUCCGUUUUGAGCGGAAAACUAGCCUUAGAAAGAGGAUGGGCAAUAAAUAUUGGUGGUGGUUUUCACCACUGCAGUGGUGGUAAAGGAGGAGGAUUUUGUGUCUACGCAGAUAUAACACUAUUGAUUCAUUUUGUGUUUAAUCACUACCCCCAAACUGUUCAAAAUGUCAUGAUUGUGGACUUAGACGCUCAUCAGGGUAAUGGAUAUCAGCGGGAUUUUAAGGAUAAUCCUAACGUCUAUAUCAUGGACGUUUAUAACAAAGGGAUUUAUCCGUUCGAUAAACGUGCCAAGGAGUACAUCAACAGAAAAGUCGAACUGGAACAUUUCACCGAAGAUGCUGAGUAUUUGGGGAAAGUUGCUAAAAACUUUGAUGAAGCAUUAAGUGAGUUUAGUCCGCAACUGAUCGUCUAUAACGCCGGAACGGAUAUUUUGAAAGGGGACUCUUUGGGUUGUUUAUCUGUAUCACCGCAGGGAGUAAUUGAAAGAGAUGAAUUAGUGUUCAGGAAAGUGCGCACCAGGAACAUUCCGAUAGUGAUGCUAACGAGUGGCGGUUAUUUGAAGAAGACGGCGAAAAUUAUAGCCACGUCCAUCAUAAAUCUGCACGAGGCCGGUCUCAUCAACGAACCCCCACGAAGAUAUUAAAUUUUAAAACUCUUCGAACGCAAAUAAAAAGACAGCCUUAUUA